UGCGAUGUGAGCAAGUGGCAACAUUCAUAUUUGCCUGUCAUAUCUUAUUAUGACUUUUUUGUGAUGUUUAUUUUCACUGUUUUAUCACGCAUAUUUCGUAAAUUCAGUGCAGAUCUAAUUCAUGAUGAAAUGUAACGACUUCGAGAAAAGUAAAACUCGUCACAUGAAUCUUGAAAAUAUAGACAAAGCACUGCACGAGCUGGGCAUGCUGAGCGCGAUUACGGAGGCUAGGCGCGAGUAUUUACGCGAGACCAAGUCGAACUACAGCGUGAUGAGACUCAACACGCGUUACGUGUCUAACGUCACCGUGGGUUAUUGUAUGAAACGAGCGGCGAACAAAAACAGACUCUGCCCGUACGUGUUGCCGAUGAGGCACAGAACUAAGAGUGAAAACUCGGACGCGAUCGGUAGUGACGUGAGCGAUAGCGGCUGCGAGCUUAAAAACAGUUUGUUCGAACCGUCGACCAGUGGCUACUUCCACGACUGCACCAAGAGUCCGGCGAAGCGAUGUCAGUCGCUCGAGAACCUCAACCUGCUCGCGGACACGCCGCAGGGACAAGAAGUGUCGCCAGAAAUGGACUGUGUAUCAACAAGGAUCCAAAAGUUACAAGUUGACGAAUGACAUCCACCAAUGCCACAUAAUCUAGCGUGUUGACACAAGUCAUGUUUACUAUAACGACGGGGUAGUGAAUAGCAGUAGAAUUCAAGUGAUCUAAUGGAUGUUGAAUAUUGUUCAGUACGUCUGUACUGUUGCAGUAGUUUAAUAUUGAUGUUCCUAGUUUGGUGUAAUUGAUUUUGCAUGUGUUGUCACCCGUCAUUGAUUCUAAUCACCUCAUUGCAGCUAUAAUGAAUUGAAAAAUUAAGCAAAAAUUGUGCUCAAAAUUUUUUGGUACAAACUAGUGGUACUUGAUGUAUCAAUGUUUAGAUAUUUGUGAACUUGAUGAGUUUGUGAGUGGAAUAUGAUUUUUAUGGUUACCUAAAUAAGCACUAGUGUUUUUAAGAACAAAUUUAUUUUGUUUUGCCUAAGUCACAGAUGCACCUCAUCGUCACUACACUGUGUUGUUGGACCUUCAUUAAUUGUUAGAUUAUGAUUAUUUCGAUAAAAAUAAACAUGUAAUAAAAGACUGUGCAAAGAUCUCAUUUAUCAUUAUAAUCAGAUUCAUUCAAAUUGUCUUUAUGAAUACAUGUUUUAUUUAUUCCUCAGACACAUCGCUUUUGUGACUUAGAAAUAGAUACUUAUGUUUGUUAACAUAUUUUGUUAUUUUGUUCAUAUUAAUUUAAAUAACAAAUAUUUGAAAUAAAUAUUGCUUUGAUUAAUUCAUUAUUGAUUUUAUUAUUUUUAAGUUACAUCAUACACUUCUGAAACAUCUAGUUUCGUAACAUACCAGUUUAUCUAAUAUAGAUGUUGUAACAAUAUUUUGCAUAUUGAAUGUAUUCUUGUAGUCAUGUUAAUAGAAAUGUCAUGCCAUCCUAUAUUAACAUGUUAAUGUACAUAUUGAGUUUAUGAUUGUACCAUUAUUUAAUUAAAUAAUAGGAUCAACAUUAUUUGCAUGGAUGUAAACACCUGUUUCGUCUUUCAUUUGUACAUGUUACGGCAACUGUGUCCGCGCAGUUUGUUACUAUUUAUAUUUUAAUUACCUUACUUCUUCAAAGACAAUCUUCAAUAUUUUGUAUAGCUAAAACUUGCAUUUGUGAAAUGUAUUGUGUUAUUCGAAAAUCUUGUUUUAGAUUUAAGAUGGUAAAAUACCUAACACUUUACUAAUUCUAAUAAUAAAAAUACCAAGUGAA